AUGCUGCAGAGAACACUAAGAACACCUGCCCUUCGCGGCGCCCUCGCCUCCAUCUCCCCCCGCGCCACUUCAGCCUCUCUCCUCCCUCGCAUAUCAACUGCUCUCUCACAGACGCGGCUCCUCUCUCAAGAAGUCCGCGCUGCGAUCGACAGAGCCGUAGCCUCGGCGCCGGUGGUGCUAUUCAUGAAGGGAACCCCAGAAACACCACAAUGCGGAUUCUCACGAACGUCGAUCCAGAUAUUGGGCUUGCAGGGUGUAGAUCCCCGGAAAUUCACUGCUUUCAAUGUUUUGGAGGAUGAUGAGCUGAGGAGUGGAAUCAAAGAAUACUCGGACUGGCCGACAAUCCCCCAGCUAUACGUCGACAGGGAGUUCAUCGGCGGCUGCGACAUCCUGAUUAACAUGCACAAGGACGGCAGCUUGGCAGAAUUGCUUGCGCAGAAGAAGGUCAUUCUUACGGAAGAGGGUGACGAGGAUGUUGAGCCGACCUCCGCUGGCGGUGACAAGAGCGGUGGAGAUGUAGAAGGCCAGAAAGCACAAGAGGCACGCGAAGAGACUGAGCAGAGCACUGGGGCCAGGUCCAAGGAUGCCAAGGGAGAGAGCUCGUGA